AACAGGCCCAUGAUAGUCGACUGGGCUGUUCCUAAAACAAAAUUUUCUGAAAACAGUGAAGACGUGAAACCAGAAAUCAAAACUGAGCCUGUUGACGACGAUGAAGUACAUGAUGCUACAGAAAUAAAAGCAUCUCACAGCAGUGAGAAUGAAGUUAAUGACUCGGAUGCUGAAUCAGAUAGAGAAGUUUCAAUACUUACGGACAGUAUAAAAGUCGAGGACGAAACCGAUGAAGAGGAAAAAAUGCAUGAAGCAGAGGAUACUGACAAUGGAGAUGAAAGUGAUGACAGUAAUGAUGAUAAUGACGUCGAUGAUAAAUCGAUUAUUAAGAAGGAAGAAGAUAGUGACGAGGAAGAGACUCGUUCCGAAUCUGCGAAACGUCCAAAUCGAGUGUCUAAUGAUGUCAGUGAAGGAAAAACAGUUUUUCUAAAGAACGUACCGUUCUCUGUUAAAAAUGAGGAACUUAAAAAGUGCAUGGAGCAAUUUGGGCCUGUCUAUUAUGCUCUCGUGUGCAUUGAUCCUCUGACCGAGUAUUCUAGAGGCACCGCAUUUGUUAAAUUUCAGCAUGUUGAAGAUGCCGAAAAAUGUUUGUCAGCUGGCACUGAGUUACGUUUGCGUGGUCAAAUACUCGAUACUCACAAAGCACUACACAGAAAAGAAGUUGAAGAUAAAAAGAAUUUAAAGGAAAACAGGAUGAAAGACUCUAGGAAUUUGUAUCUCAUUAAGGAAGGAGUUGUGCUGGCCAAAAGUCCAGCUGCGGCGGAAGUAUCAGUAUCCGACAUGGAAAAACGUCUGAAAUUAGAGAAAUGGAAAUCACAGAUGUUGCGUAACUUGAAUAUGUUCGUAUCGCGGGUGCGGCUAGCUGUUCAUAACUUACCUCUCAAUUUCGAUGAUGCAAAACUUAGACAGUUAUUUAAAAAUCACAGCGGUUCUAAAGCUAUAAUUAAAGAGGCGCGAGUUAUGCGUGAUUUGAAAAAUGUUGACGCGACUGGGAAAGGAAAGUCGAAGGAGUAUGGUUUUGUUACGUUUACCACUCACGAAGACGCGCUUAAAGCUUUGAGAAGUAUAAACAACAAUCCAAAUAUAUUCUCCAAAAGCAGAAGACCUAUAGUCGGAUUCUCGAUAGAGAAUCGUAUCUUGGUAAACGCGAAGGAGAGAAGAGUUCAGAAAAGUCGCGAGAACAAUCCCUUGUGGCCUGGAAAUAAAAAUAAGAGGAAGAAUGAAGACACCAAGAAGGAAGUUUCGGCUAAACGAGUUAAAGUCAGGAAAUUAAAUGAUCCAGAUGAUAAACCGUAUGCGGGCACGACCGGUAAAUUAGGCCAGGAUAAAUUAAGAUCGAAUUUCAAUCUCAAGUCACAAGCCGAAUUACAUACGCGGGCUGUGAAGAAGCAGAAGAAAAUGAGUAAAACGAUUAAGCAAUUGGACAUUGUGAAGAAAGAGAAGGCAAAGAAUAAGCAAGACAAUAUGCCAGUAAAACAAACAAAGAAAUUUGAUGCAGAUGAUGCAAACUUCAAUAAGCUUCUAAAUAAUUAUAGAAAUAAGUUGAAAGGAAUUAAUUUGAAAAAAUCGAAAUGGUACGAAUCCUCGAGUGGAUCUUAAUAUGUAGUAAAAUGAAAUGAAUUUAAUAAUAUUUAAGAAUGAUACGAAUAUAUGAUUAUUUAGCAUAUAUUCGUAUUAU